AAUGGACAUGUUCUAAAAUCCAUCUGGAUCAGGCCAAUGGCAGGGACUGUAAUGUAGGCCCACCCAACCAUUACCUUUAGUGAAGCAAUCAAAUUUUAAAGAUAAGCUUAGUAAGGCUCUUUCAAAACAUUUACUGUUCAAAUUAAUCCUGGUGAAAGCUGGGAAGGAGGUAUUAAUCUUGUCUAUGGGGAAGUAUGAUCAGAAAAUAGAGAGAAAAAGCAGUGUCCCAUCAAGUUAUGUUUUAUAAAAGGUUAGUACAUCAGUUUGCAAUAUAAAAGAACAAACUGAACCGCUGUGCAUAGAAUAGGCCUGUGCUUUGCAACUGAAUGUUGCAAUAUUAGAAUUUCAGUUUCCGUCUUUAAAACAGGCACGAUGACCUAAUACAGCAUGCUUGAGUAAGAUAUUUGUGAUUACAUGAAUACAUAUGACUGCAUUAUGGUAGAUGUUUUUAGUGUUCCUGAAACCGCAGCAUGUUCAUAAAUGGCCAUGUUUCAUUAUAGUCUUCUCCACUGUAUGACCCAAACUAUGCCACUGUGGUUUUUAAAUAGCUUGUCAGCUCAAACAACAAAUCUAAACCUGCUUGGUUUCUUCCACUAGGUAAGGAAGAAGUUGUUAUUCAGCAAUUCAUAUCUCCUACAGAGAAGGAAAAUACAAUAUUGAUAAUAUUUAAUAGGAUUUGUAAUUUUUUUUUUUUUUUUUAUACAUGUGAGCUUAUUCAUGGUCAUAUUGGUUUCCCUUUUCAUACCUUCAAAAGCACUUUUUUAUUUAAGGAAAAAUGUCUUGUAUUUUAUCCUGCCUCAGUUGUAAAGGCUCAUAAUAUGGACAACUCUAUUUCAAAAUGGCAACUCAUGCAUUUCCACUGUGCGAUCAAUAAAGUCUGUCUCAUUAUCAGUUUAUACUUGUCAGUCUAAGGAGAUGCACACCUUUGAUCAGGGAAUAUUUUGUGGUUUGAUCUGAUCUCAUUUUAACACAGCAUAAGGAAUACAUGUCUCUUUACAAAGAGCAGUGUCUGUGAGCAUCAGUGUUGGGUGAAAUCUGAUUACAAAGUAAUUAGUUACUGUACUCUACUUACUUUUCCAGUCAUAAGUAGUGUAAUUCUUGUAAUCAGAUUACAUUUACUGACAAAUUAAUUUUAAGUACAUUACUUGGGUUACACACAUUUCUUAACACAAUUUAUGUAGACUGCAUUUAAAACAUGAAUUAUGUUAAUAUGACCAUCAGUUUGCAUUUCUGUAACAGCUGAAGGGGGUACCCCACCUAACAAGUCAUUAUAAUGGAGAAACGAGUCAGGUUGAGCGCAUGACUUGCGUGCGACAAUGAAUUCGUUUAGCGGGAAAACAAAACCUCUUCUGUGAAAAGUGUUUCAGCAAAUACCUUAAAAGUAAAGUAACUAGUAAGGUAAUUACUUCUUUAAUGAUGUAAUAAGUAAUCUGAUUACAAUUUUUGGAAAAGUAAUUAGUAAAUUGAAUUACUUUUACUGAGUAAAUUACCCAACACUGGUGAGCAUUGUGGUCAGCUAAUAAACUUGGAUAGAUAGAUUUACACUCAAUUUAUUACAACAUCCAGAUAACAAUUCCAUACGUACACUCACUGAGCACUUUAUAAGGAACAAUAUAGUCCUAAUAAAGUUCCCAACGUGGUCUUCUGUUGUUGUAGCCCAUCCACUUCAAGGUUUGACAUGUUGUGCAUUCUGAGAUGCUAUUCUGCUCACUAAAAUUGUACAGAGUGGUUAUCUGAGUUACCGUAGCCUUUCUGUCAGCUCGAACCAGUCUGGCCAUUCUCCAUUGACCUCCCUCAUCAACAAGUUGUUUCUGCCCGCCACUCAUUGUAUGUUUUUUGGUUUUUGGCACCAUUCUGAGUAAACUCUAGAGACUGCUGUGCAUGAAAAUCCCAAGAGAUCAGCAGUUACAGAAAUACUCAAAUCAGCCCGUCUGGCAUCAACAACCAUGUCACGGUCGAAAUCACCGAGAUCACAUUUUCCCCCAUUUUGAACAUUAACUGAAGCUCCUGACCCAUAUCUGCAUGAUUUUAUGCAUUGCACUACUGCCACCUGAGUGGCUGAUUAGAUAAUUGCAUGAAUAAGUAGGUGUACAAGUGUGCCUAAUAAAGUGCUCAGUGAGUGCAUGUGUACAGAAUUAUCCCUAUAUGCACACUGGUUCAAUUCAGCAAGGCAAGCUAACUACAUUAGAAUGAAAUGGGAAAAACGAACAAAAACCAAAACGUUUCCAAAAAAGGAGCUCCAGCCGGUUUACUCACCUGACUGUGCAUUAACGGCCCGUAACAGCUCUACAACACUGUGUGGGAAAGGUGGUUAACAGAUAGAUCCUAUGGAACUUAGAGAAUAACACCUUGACACCUAUCUAAACACCACCUAAACAUGGCUCAAAGGAAGUAUUGCACCCCUAAUUUGUAUUUCCUGUCAAAAGUAGGGGUCGCAAUUGGACUAAAAAUUGGUGUUUAACCUACAUUUUAACCUGCAGCAGUUUGCACUCUGACAGAAAGCUAGUGCAGCUUCUCCUUCAAACUCUAUUAAAAGAAGCAAGUUUAUUAAAACAAGCGUGAUACUUUUCUCCAGUUUGAAGUCUUGGUUGCGGGUUAAUCAAAGCUACGCAGUCUGGGUUAAAGAAGCAAGCAUGAGAGUCCAGUAUGAACUCAUUUGAUUCACUGGUAUCGGCCAGCCAAAAUAUUAAUAUCAGGUAGUUUUGAAAACGUUUGCUCGCCCGAUAGCACUUCCCCCAUCAACAACAAACUAGUUAACCCUGCCUAGCCAAAGCUAGCUUAAUGAAAUGAAACGGACCCCAGCGAAUAUUAUCCGGAGGAUUGUUCCGAUCAUGUACGAGGACGUUAGCAGCGCAUUGUAGGUCUCUUUAAUAGAGAUCUUCUUCAGAAGUAGGAAUGGACGAGCAGAAAUCAAACUGCGACGAAAAUGAUUCCGAAACCGCAGCUGAUGAUGGGACCCCUCCAAAGGAGAGCGUCCAGGUUGAGGGGGACCUGAGUGCCCCUGUUGCUGCAGAGAACAUCUCAGGCACUACUGUGGACACUUCCAACUCAUCAAUAGAGACUGUAAGGGCCUGUGCUCUGUGUAAUUGUGUGGAGCGUAGUCUGCAUGGACAACGUGAGCUCCGGUGUUUUGGACCCUCUUCUGAUCAGCCCAACUUGGAGCCCACUGCCUCCUCUCUGCCAGCAGCUGGAAACGAUGACCUGUCUUCCAUUGGAUUCUCUGAAUCCUCUUGUCUGGCAUCUCUCUUUGAUGACACGGGGAGCAGCUGGGUUCACCACUGGUGUGCUAUGUGGUCAGAGGGAGUGGAACAGACUGAGGAUGAGGUGCUGAUAAACGUGGAUAAGGCAGUCAUCUCAGGGAUACAGCGGCCUUGUGAUUAUUGUAAACGGUUGGGUGCUACCAUCCGGUGCCAGGCCGAAGGCUGCUCACGGUUCUACCACUUCCCCUGCUCAGCUGCAAGUGGAUCAUUCCAGUCCAUGAAGCAGCUGGCGCUCCUCUGUCGAGAGCACAUAGACAAGGCUGAGGAGAUCGCCGGAGAGGAGGCACUGUGUGCAGUCUGUGACUCUGCUGGGGACCUCUCAGGUCUGCUAUACUGUACAGGCUGUGGGCAGCACUAUCAUGAUGCCUGUCUUGAAAUCAGUGCCACACCACUUCAGCGUUCUGGCUGGCAGUGUCCAGAGUGCAAGGUGUGCCAGACCUGCAGGCAACCAGGGGAAGAUUCAAAGAUGCUGGUUUGUGAUGCUUGUGACAAGGGCUACCACACCUUCUGUCUACUGCCAGCCAUGGACUCUGUACCCCCUGACUCAUGGAAGUGCAAACGGUGCCGUGUGUGUAUUGACUGUGGCGUGCGAGGGCUGAAGCUUCCUGGCUCUGAACAUUGGUUCGAGAGCUACACAGUAUGUGAAGGCUGCCAGCGCAGGCGCACCUCUGUCUGCGGUGUUUGCAGUAAAGCAACAGAACCCUCUGUCUCCCUGCAACAUUGCUGUGCCAUCUGCCACAGAUGGGUACACAGUGAUUGUACCUCUCUGUCAGGAACUCCUGAGGAGAAAUGCAUCUGUGUGCUCUGCAAAGAAGCCCCAGAUGAGGUUUCAGUUGAAUCUGAGGAGGUGUCAUCCACACAAGUGGAUGAGAAAGCUGAUUUGGAGGUGCCUAUGGAGUUGGGGGUUGAGUCAGAGGUUGUGGAAACAACCGAAGUAAAAGAAAGCAUUAUGGAAGUGGAACUACGGCCAGAGGGCACUGAGAUCAAUGUGCACAGUCAGGUAUCUGCUGAACAGCAGGCUCCUAACGCUACAGUUGCAGAUGUUGAUGAGAAACAAAAAGAGGAGGGUAUCAGCAAUGAAAUAGUCACAGAGGUUGUUGAGAAAAAAUCGGAAGACUCUCAGGACCCUCCUGUGAAGGUUAGUCCAGACAACCCUGUCCCUGACACUUUAGAGGAAGUCCAACAUGAUGUAGCUGAAACUCAUUUAGAAAGACAGGAUAAGUCACAAGGGGAAGACAAGCCUCCUCAAACUGAGACAGAGUUGCACAUUACAGAGGAGAUCACUGAAACAAAGCCUCCAUCGAGUCCAUGUUUUCAGACUACUCAAAUCACACUCCCUGUUUCGGAAGAGGUGGGGUCCGAGUCACGGCAAGAGGAAGCACUAGAUCGGACUCCUUCCCCUGCUCCUGUGUCGGAAAUGCACGCUGCAUCUGACACUGAUGAUAGAAUGGGCCAGUCUGAGGAUGAAGAAGAGGAGGAGGAGCAGGGGGGGGUGGAUGAGUCCUUAGAGGAGGGUCUGCAAAAAGAUGAGAGUCAAGGGGAAGAUGAUCAGUCCAGGCAGGAGUCUCAAGAGACUUAUACAAAGCCAGAGCUAGUCCUCGAUGAGACAUCAAACAUCAGCCAUGGUGACGAGAGCAGCAGCGGUUUCCUUGGCUCUCCAGCUGAGGCAGACUCUCAGAUGCUGUCCAUGGAGCUGGUACAAGCCGGCAGGACCCGUUCUGAUUCUUUGCUCACUGAAACGGAGGACUCAUUGCCUUUUGACCCGCUGAAGCCUGAUGGAGAUAAAGUGAAGCGUCGGGGUUCUCCAGGGCGCUCACGAAUAAAACAGGGCAGAGGCAGCGGUUUCCCAGGGAGACGUCGGCAACGUGGCGGUGGAGGUGGAAGAGGCCGUGGGCGGUCACGUCUCAAAGCAAUGGCCUCUUGCAUAGAUGCCUUUCUUUUAAGCAUGACUGCAGACACUGGACUUAGCAAAGAGGAAGAUGAGGAGGAAGAUGACACCAUGCAAAAUACUGUGGUACUUUUCUCCAACACUGAUAAGUUUGUCCUGCAGCAGGACAUGUGUGUAGUGUGUGGAAGUUUUGGACAAGGUGUGGAGGGCCAGCUUCUAGCCUGUGCUCAGUGUGCUCAAUGUUAUCAUCCAUAUUGUGUAAACAGCAAAAUCACCAAGAUGAUGUUGAGAAAAGGCUGGCGUUGUCUUGAGUGUAUUGUGUGUGAGGUGUGUGGGAAGGCUUCAGAUCCUGCCCGUUUGCUGCUUUGUGAUGACUGUGAUGUCAGCUAUCACACUUAUUGCUUGGACCCGCCCUUACAGACUGUGCCCAAGGGAGGCUGGAAGUGCAAAUGGUGUGUGUGCUGUAUGCAGUGUGGUGCUAGCUCCCCGGGGUUCCACUGUGAGUGGCAAAAUAACUACAAUCACUGCGGCCCUUGUGCCAGCCUGGUAACAUGUCCUGUGUGCCGUGAGAACUUCAUGGAGGAGGAGCUGCUUCUGCAGUGCCAGCACUGUGACAGAUGGGUUCAUGCUGUAUGUGAGAGUCUUUACACUGAGGAUGAGGUUGAACAAGCAUCUGAUGAAGGCUUUGCCUGUACAGCCUGCACUCCAUAUGUCCCCAGGCCUAUUGUGGAAUCUCCCAUGAUGUCUGCUUUCAAAAUUAAAGAACCAGAGCCACAGUUUUAUCGUCUGGAGGGUGUCUGGCUAACUGAGACGGGCAUGUCUUUGUUGCGUAGCAUGUCCAUGUCACCACUGCACAAGCGCAGACAGCGCCGGUCUCGACUGGGCACCUUGUGUAUUGAUGAACUGAAAGAAGGCGAGGUUGAUUGUGAUGAGGGGAAAGGGGGUGCAGAAGCAAUGGAGUGUGAACCCAAACUUGAGGCCCCUGGGAGCCCAGACCGGGAUGGUGGAGUGGACAGAGAAAUGGGGGCAGAUGGAAGUGUAGAGGGCUUGGCUGACUGUGAAGGUCUCAAAGGGGGAACAGAGGAAACUGAAGACGGGAAGAAGCGAAAGCGUAAACCAUACAGACCAGGGAUUGGAGGGUUCAUGGUCCGGCAAAGAAAAUGUCACUCACGAAUGAGGAGGAGUCUGUCUGCCUCUGGUGAUGGUGUUCCUGAAAGGCAAACGACUGAAACAAAACUUGAGGAAGGCCCUCAUCCUGACUUACCUCUAGAUGUGCCAGAGGCAAAGACAACAGAUGGAGAUGGUGAGCAAGCCAAGAAGCGCAGAGGUAGAAAGAAGAGCAAGUUGGAGGACAUGUUUCCUGCAUACCUGCAGGAGGCUUUCUUUGGCAAGACAUUACUUGAUCAGAGUAAGAGGGCUUUUCUUGCUCCUCCAGCCCAUAGGCACGUGCAGGGCAUUCUGAGGCCCCCACUCCCUGGGCAUGGGGCCAGAAACACAGCCUCUGAACCAGUUGAGGUCAUAGUUAGGCCAACUGGUACCCCCAUGGAACUAAAGCAAGAGGGCGAGGGAUCCAAGCCUCCAAGAGAUGGAGCAGCAGUUGGGCCAGGAGCAAGUGGGCAACUUUCCAAAAAAGAUCAGUGCUCAGAAGAUACUCCUGAGUCUGACUCACAGAAGAAUGAAGAUCACCCCCAAGGACUGGAAAAUCAGGACUCAGAGCAGUUCUUCCGGAAGGUACUUGGACCCACUGAGGGGAGCUCUGUAAGUGGGGCACUUCAGCCUAGCAUUAAGCCUGAGUGUGAGCCGAAUCAAAUUGGUUUGCCCCAAAGAAACCUCCUUCCAGGUGCUUCCUUAUCUGGUGCACUGCCCUCGACUGGAAUGAUGGACUCUUUUUCAGGUCUCUCCCAGUCCCCAUUUUUUGACAUGCGUGAUCGAGGUGGUCUUUUCAGCCCAGACCAAGAUGAUGAAAGCCCAUGGGCAACACCAUCCACUCCAGCCACCCCUUCCACUCCCCCAACUCCUACUGAACAGGAAGGUGAUGGCCUCACAUACAAUCAGCGUAGUCUAAAGCGCUGGGAGAAGGAUGAGGAAUUAGGGAAUCUAUCUACUAUCUCUCCUGUGCUCUAUGCUAACAUGAACUUCCCUAGUCUCAAGCAGGACUACCCUGACUGGACAAGUCGUUGCAAACAAAUAAUGAAGAUUUGGAGGAAGGUAUCAGCUGCUGACAAGGUUCCUUAUCUGCAAAAGGCCAAAGAUAAUAGGGCUGCUCAGAGAAUAAACAAGGCACAGAAGCAGGCAGAGAGUCAAGUAUGCCGGCCUGUCAAAACUGAGCCUGGUCGUAUUAAAGGAGAGCGUCCUAAUUUGCGACUCCAAAUUCCUCCACCCUCAGGCUCUGUAUCCACUUCCUCCCAGCCAAGCUCUGCUGAGAGUCCAUAUCCCCUUGCCCCAGACUCUGCAUCUUCAACCUUUUUUCCUGAUGGACCACACAAGACUCCUUGCUCAGCUGAUGUGCAGACAGACCCAUUUUCUAAACUUCCUUCUAAUUCUCCACACAUUCAGUCUCAGCCAUCCACCCCAUACUCGCAGGCUUCUUCCAGCCCCUUGCCGGCCUCUUCCUCAGGUUAUCUUUUGCCUUGCCCACAGGGUGCUACUCAGGGACGUCCAGACAGUUUUGGCUCCCUUGACAUGCAGCCAGGGACUCCUCGCAGGGCCCAACUGGUUGACCCAUUCUUUAGACCACAGCAACAGAUCCCCAAACAUCAGCAGUCGUCUCAGGAGGCCUUAGGUCCACCUGAGAGUCCUCGAGCUAGGCCUAGUGGGCCUGGAGACUCUCAGAUAUUCUCACCGCCCCAUACAACUCAUUGUGGUGACCCUUACCGUGGCCUGCAUGGAGCUGGCCGACAAGAGCUCAAUGCUUCAUCUCCAUCACCAUCUGCUAUAGUUUCUUCACCUGCUGGGAUGGUACCAGUUAGUGUCCCCUCACCACGUUCUUCUUUUGGCAGACAGGAUUUAAGCUCUGGUUCUCCUGCUAGUUUGGACUCUGGAGAUGGGCUUUUUAAAGCACCCAUGACUCCUCGUAUGCAUCAGGGGGAUGCAGGUAGCUUGUCUGUUUCACACACCCAAAGUGCAUCACCUAAUCAUCCUCCUGAAAACUACCGCCAGUCUCCCUCCACAUUCUCUGACCCAUAUGCCCAUCCUCCCCUCACACCACGACCUCAGUCAGGUGAUUGUUCCUCUCCUUUACCACAAAGGCUUCCUGCAUCUCAAGAAACUUAUCAAAGAUUGCCUCCCAGCCCUCAGUCACAAGGCAGUUCUCAGUCACCUGUCACACCAGGAUCCAUUUCCAACGAUGUACUUUCUGUGCAGUCACCAGCCACCCCACGCUUUCAGUCACCUGACCCUUACUCCCGCCCACCUUCACGACCUCAAUCCAGAGAUCCCUUUACCUCGCUGCAUAAACCCCCUCGCCCAACUUCUGUAGCUCCAGAAGGUAACCCCCCCUUCAGAGGCUCACCUCAUACUAGCCAACCCCCCUGCUCACCCUCAGUAGCAGAUCCACUCUCUGGAAAACCCCCUGCUUUCAGUUGCAGUCCUGGUAUAGGUAUUCAAAUGGGCCAGCAACAAGUAGGGUGCCAGCAGCAGAUUACUCCUCAGCAAGCUCAGGUUCACUUCCAACAGUCACAGACACAACCAGUGGGUGCUGAAUUUAACACAAGAAUAGCACUUCCAUCUGGAAACCAAGAUACAACUUCUGUGCGGCCAUCAGAUGCUCCACAUUUACCCACCAUGCCAGGGAUGCAAGAUAUGUCAGACAUGUCAGUUGGUCAGGAUCCAGCACUUGGGAGCCUUAGUCCAUCUGAGUUAGAAAAGAACAGACAGAGGCAGCGAUUAAGAGAAUUUUUGAUCAGACAAAAAAUGCAGAGAAAUUCACUUCGCCAAGAGAAGGAAGCACUUGUGGCAAGUAAUCCUGCACAGAGUUGGCCAGGAGGAGAAAUUACAGUCUAUCAGCAAGACAAAAGCCACCGGGCACCACCUCCUUACCCUCAGGACAGAGCUGUGGUUGCUCAGGCAGCCAUUGCCAACAGGAUGCCUCUGCCAAUGGGAGCGAUGGAUGAAAAGCUCUGCCGCCCACUGCCACCAGCAACUAUGGAGCCCAGUGCAUUAAGGCAAGCUGCACCCAGUAUUUCUCAGGGGAUGUUUCCUCGUCCACCAUUUACUGCACAGUGGCAAACCGAAGGAGCUCCACGGAGGUUCCAACAGCCAACCUUGAUGGAAGCCGUUCCCAGGCAGCAAAUUAAUACUCCCAUCAACAAUGCUCUCAACAUGCAGUCAGUACAGAAUAUGCCAAAUCCUUUAGCAGGGGUGCCAGUCUCUGGAGUAGAGGCAGUACAGGGCUGUUUGUCAGGAGCUCCACCUCAGUUUAUAGAGUUGAGGCACAAUACCCAAAGGAUGCCACUAGGUCCUCAGUUUAUGCAAAGGGCGCCUAUUCCCAGACCACGCCUUUUUCUUCAACAACCAGAAAUGACUGCUGCUUUUGUUCAGCAGACUCUACCCCCAUCUCUUGAUGCUUCAGCAGAGGGGAUUCGUGAUCCCAGACUUGGGUUACAGCAGGGUGAAAUGGAUUUGUUGAUGCAACAAAAAAGCAAUGUACCCCCUCGUCAGUCUCAAUCGCAGUCCCAACAGGUGCCAACAACUACACCCAAAACACCCAUUGCUCACACUACUACUCAACAGCUUCCUCCAACAAAUACAAUAGGACGUCAACAAACUGUUGUGAAUCCAGUUGACAUGCCCGAGCCUGACCUAGUGGAUGCUUUUGCUCCUAAAGGACUGGGUGAUACAGUGGCAGAAACCGGAGUAGAGGAUGAUGAUCUUGCUACCCUUGACUUGGACCCUGACAAAGGCGAUGAUGAUUUGGGAAACCUUGACAAUCUUGAGACCAAUGAUCCUCAUUUGGAUGAUCUGCUCAACAGUGAUGAAUUUGACUUGCUAGCUUACACUGACCCUGAGCUUGAUCAGGGUGAUCCCAAAGAUGUUUUUUCAGACCAGUUACGGCUUGUUGAAGCAGAGGGGGAAGGAUCAGGGUCUUCUGCUAAUUUAGAAAUCAAGGUUGAAGAGAAACCAAAACUUGAAUUACCUUGCCGGGGCACGCACGCAACUGCCACUCACCCACCUUUGAAGACUGAGAGUUCGUCUACUACCAAUACUUUGAGCUCUCCUAAGGUAGAGUCCUCUGAUGCCAAUAGACUGUCUUCUGUAAAACUGGAAGACAAGGAAUUGGUUGAACAACAACAAACUUCUGUUAAAGAUGACAUGGGGGAAGCUGUGUCAGUGUUGCUCAGUGGAGCAAAAGCUUCUAAUCAAUCAAAGACUGGAACCGCUUCAUUGAGCACCGUCCGUUUAGGUGGUAUACCUUUUCCUCUUCCCAGCCAAGCAGAUACUCUGUCUUUUCCACCAGCUACACCCCAUCCAGACCUGGGAGAUGAUCCACUUGAGUUGCCAGAAGCUGGCCACCACUCCACAACAGAUGACCUUGACAAAGUAGAAAGCUCACUAGCAGCAAGUGAACUUCCUUUGUUGAUACAAGAUCUUUUGGAGCAUGAAAAGAAGGAGCUUCAGAAACAACAACAGCAGUUAAGUGCUCUACAGGAAGGGAUUGGCAGUCAGCUUCACAACAUUCAAAAUCAACAACAGCCUCCACAGGGGCCAAAUCAAAUUAUGAUGCCACAGCACCACCAUCCGUCCCAAAGCCUUGUGCCUCAAGCAGGUAUGGUGCCCAGGCCACCUCAUAUGUUUCCACAACAGCAGCAGAGGUUAGUUGGUGCUGCCAUGCCUUCACCUCCCCAUGCUGCAAUCGGACAGCAGCAAGGCAUGAUACGAAGUGCACAGCCUGGCAGAAUUCAUCCUGGUCUUACUCCUCAGCAGCAGACAGCACCUCCCCCACAUCUUGUAAAGCAGAAUUUGGCAAGCAACUUGUUACCAGAUAAAGAUCUAGAUAAAUUCAUGACAGAUGACAUUAUGGAUCCUAUUGCAAAGGCAAAGAUGGUGGCUCUGAAAGGGAUUAAAAGGGUAUUGGCUCAAGAUCCAAUGGGUGUGCCACCUGGGAUGAACAGACAGCAAGUAUCACUUUUGGCUCAGAGGCUAACCUCAGCCCCAGGAAGUGAUGAUCCUCAGGCUCAGCUUGCAUCUGGGUCUUCCAAGGAGGGAGAAUGUAGCAACCAGGUUCAAACAAGACCAAAUCCUCCACAAUUUGGCAUCAUCAAUGAUGCAGAGCAACACCAAUAUGAAGAAUGGCUUGUGCACACCCAGCAGUUGCUACAAAUGCAGCUGAAGUUCCUAGAGGAGCAGAUCGGAGCACAUCGCAAAUCGCGCAAAGCUCUCUGUGCCAAGCAACGCACUGCAAAGAAAGCAGGGCGUGAAUUUGCAGAAGCAGAUGCUGAAAAGCUUAAGCUGGUCACAGAGGAACAGAGUAAGAUCCAGAAACAAUUGGACCAGGUGCGUAAGCAGCAAAAGGAGCACACCAAUCUUAUUGCAGAGUAUCGAAGUAAACAACAGCAGCAUCAGCAAGGGUCUUCCAUGCUAGCUCCUGGUCCCUCUACACAGGCACCCCAAAUGCUUUCUAAGAUGCCUGGACAAAUUAUUAUGGGCCAACAAGCAGGACCAAUUAUUGGUCAGUCUCCUGGAGUGAUUCCUCAAGGAGCAAUGGCUCAAGGAGGUAUGCCAAUUAGAAUGCCACAGAUGCAACCCUUCAGUGGAGCCCAGCCUCCUCUGCCACUUGGACCUGGCACUGUGCAACCGGUCCCACCUCCUGGCUUUUUCCCACAAGGCCCUGGUGCACAAGGACCAGACCCAAGAGUUCUACAGGAGCGACAGUUACCGCAUAGGAUGCAAAUGGUCCAACAGUUGCAGCAGCAACAACAGCAGUUGAUGAUUGGGCAGCAGCCUAUGCCACAUCAAACUCAACAGCCUGGUAUAAUGAGCCAGCAGCCCGGAGCCAUGGGCAACCAGCCAGCCCAGGUUUUGAUGGGAAAUACACUUAUGGGACAACAGCAACCAAACAUACAACAAGGGUUAAUAAAUAACCAACAGAGUCAGCUGGGGUUAAUGCAGCUUCCAAAUAUGAUGGGGAACCAAGUUAUUGGGCAGACGCAACAUAAUGCCAUGGGUCAGCCAGUGACACAAACUGCAAAUAUGAUAGCAGGCCAACCACAGGGCAUGGUUGGUAAUCAGCAAAUGGUUCAGCAGCUUCAGAGACCUCAGGGUUUGAUGGACCAACAUGGGCCAGGUGGGCAGCAUGUGGUUAGGGGGCCACCAUCGCAGCUCACACCUCAGCAGCAGAGUUUGUUGGCUCAGCGCAUGCUCAUGUCACAACAGCAACAGAAUGCUGCAAAAAAACUUGCCCAACUUCAACAGCAGCAAAUUACACAACAGAAACAACCAACACAGACUGGUCCAUCUGAGCCUCGAAAAACUUUAGAAACUCCAUCAGGGAGUACCCAAGGAGUUGCUGAGAAUUUGCAACAGGGGGUUCAGGGCCUGACCCAAGAUCUUCAGAAUCCUGCCCAUAAAGAUGGAGGAAUACUUAGUCCGAAAACACCCCCCCAACAGGGUGGACCACCUAUGCCACUUCAGGUGCAGCAACAAGGGUCUACUGGGGAGCAGCAGCAACGUGUUGUUGGACAGCCACAGCAACCACAUGCUUUUCUGGGUCAACAACAGACAGCACAGCAGCAACCAAACCAGAACACAUGUGUUACAGAACAACAUGGCUUUAGGAGCAACCAACAGGCAGGAUCCCACAUUCAAGUACAACCACAACAACAGAUGCAACUUGGUCUUCAGACUCAGAACUCCAUACAGAUAAAACAGGAAGAUCAACAAAUGUGCUUCAUGGCCCAACAGCAAGGUGGUCAGAUUGCUGCACAACAACCACAAGAUGUACUUGGCCAGAAUAGUGGCCAGACUCAAACUACGAUGACUAGCAUUGCAAAUCAACAGCAGCAAGCCCUGUUGACCCAACAGAUGGCCAUGCCUAGAGGUCAGCAGAUCAUGAUUACUCAAAGGCCUGGUGCUCCCACAGGACAAAUACGCACCCCUAUUAACAUUCAGGCCUUCAUUGCGCAGAACCCUCAACUUCGUCACCUGACUCCCAGCCAACAGUUGCAGCAAAUUCAGGCAUUGAUUGCUCAGCGACAGCUACAGCAAGGUCAGAUGCUUAGAAUGCAAGGUCAGGCCCAGGGGCAAAUGUGUCCCCAGGUCCUACAGGGGUCAGUGGUUGGUCCAAGAAUUCCAGGUCUUGAAACACAACAGCAGCACCACUUGGGAUUAGCAGGUAAACAUGGGCCAGCUGGGACUCUGCAACAACCAGGAGCAAUGGGACAACCUACUGGUAUGGCUCCACAGUACCAUCAAGGCUCUGUGGCGACUUUGCAACAGCCUUCUCAAGGACCCUCACCGCAGUAUAUCACUAGUGCUCAGCAGCAGCAGAUGUUGCAACAAGUACAUCAGCAUCAUAUGAUGAGGGGGCAAGUGCCCAGGCCAAUGAUGGGUCAGGUACGUACCACAGCACCUGGGCAUGUGGCCAGGCCAAUGUCUCCUCGCCAGUUAGUGGGUCUGGGUUCUCCUGGAAGCCCACUUUCUAAUCAGCAAAGGCUCAUGAGAAUUUGUCAGACCCCACCAGGGCCCCAACACCUUCAGCAACAACAGUCCCAUGUCGCAACAGUACUGAGCCCCUUUCAAGCCUCUCCCUCUCAUGCAGGCUCUCCUGCAGGGUCUUCAAUUCCAAAAGCUGGUUCAAGCCCAGCAUCUUCAAAUAAACAAGAGCCAGGCACUAUGCCUCUCUCUAGUCACUUGUCAACACCAUCUAGGCCAGAUAGUGUUGCAGGAAAGAGUAGCCCCUUUAGCCAGAAAGGGAGUUUAAUAGCCUCUCCUCUAAGAUCUCCAAUUGCCAAGACUCCAGGACCUAAUAUUGAAGCACUUACAGUUCCCAUUGCACUCAAUGGUCCAUCUCCUCUGUCAAAACAGAACCUACCACAAGCUCCAAGUGUCACGCAGACAUCUGAGGGUCAUAUGUCUCAACCAACUGCAGUGCCCAGUGAAAUGUGCAAGAUGAUGCUGCAAAACAUCAAACAGGAGCCACGUGAAGUUCAGUGUGACACAGGAGGUAGUGUGGAAGCCCAUUCUGAUGCUAUUAAGAGAGAAAUUGCAGGAGAGGCAGUCAGUGUGAGCAGUGCCACUGCUAUUGCAAAUUCUGCUCCAAGCUCCAGAAAUCAAGCAGGAGAUCUUGGAUCCCAAAUCCAAAGAACAGAGACAGGCCAACAGCUACUGCAGAAACUUCUCCGAACCAAAAACUUACAACUUGCAUCUCAGAGGCCCUCAGAUGGUAUUCAUAAUGAGAUAAAUGGUCACAUCAAUAGCAAGCUGGCAAUGCUGGAGCAGAAACUUCAAGGAACUCCACGCAACAUGGAGGAUCUGCAGUCACUCACAAAGAGGACUCCAAUAGUCAAGACCAAGCGUACUACAAAAGCUGGAGACCGUGGUCCAAACUCUCGUAAGAAAACUAAAAAAGAAGAGGUUGGAAAAACUGAGGCAAUAAUGAAGCAGCUGAAGCAAGGACUUUCUCUUCUUCCUUUGAUGGAGCCCUCCAUUACUGCUAGUCUAGAUUUGUUUGCUCCUUUUGGCAGCAGCCCAGCUAAUGCCAAGACUCAGCUGAAAGGCUCAUUUGGAAAUGCUAUGCUGGAAAACAUUCCGGACUACUAUUCCCAACUCCUUACUAAGAACAACCUGAGCAAUCCUCCAACACCACCUUCAUCACUUCCCCCCACUCCACCUCCUUCCGUGCAGCACAAACUUCUAAACGGUGUGACCCCUGUAGAGGAACUAGCAGAAGGUCAGAAAGAGACGGAGCCAUCCGAGGAUACCACAGGUUCUGUUCCAGAGGAGGUAAAGAGUGUAGACAUACUAGCAGCUCUCCCCACUCCACCACACAACCAGAAUGAAGAUAUACGGAUGGAGAGUGAUGAUGACAGUGAUGCUCCAGACAGCAUUGUGCCCGCAUCCUCACCUGAAAGCCAACUUGGAGAUGAGGCAACCUGCUUCCCCCAUCUAUUGGAUCCCAAAGAGGAGGAUGAUGAGAGGGCCAUAUCUCCUGUUAUCCCCCUUGUUCCUCGCUCUGCCAUCCCUAGUUUCCCUGAGACAAAACCUUUUGCCUCAACAGAUGGAAAGGUUGUACCCUCAUCCAGCCAGUGGGACAAAACCAAAAGCAAUGAAGUGUCUGUAACCUUCAUGCUUUCAUCAGAUGCAGCAAAGAAUCUCAACACAGUAAUGUUGGCUGUUGCCCAACUGCUGCACAUACGUAUGCCAAGUUCUUAUGAGGUGACUUUUCCCCAUAGUCCUGGUAGACCAGGGGUUGGACCUGGGAAAGUAUCUGACUCCUCCAACCCAGGAGCCCUUGGUAUGAAGACAGAGCCUUCUGCAAGCAAUGAUGCUGAAUGGCUAAGGCAGUUUGAUGUUUCCCUCCCAGGGUGUACCCUGAGAAAACAAGUGGACAUCCUGGCUCUCAUCAAACAGGAAAGUCAAGAUCAAGAAGAUAGACCUGCUCAGCACUGUUACAUGACUAAUGUUUCGGAUCUUGAUGUGCGCCACCUGCCUGUUAUUCCUGUGGAGGUAUCUCCACCUCCAUCACCAUCCCCACCUCCACCCCCAUCAUCUGCUGUAGUUGAGCCUGAAAAUAUACCUCCACCUGAGCCCAAACCAGAACCAGAGGCUCCUGUUCAGACUACAUCAUCCUGUCCUUCAAGCCCAAGCACCCCUGUCAAGACCAAAUCUGAGAGUGCUAUAGUUAAAUUGGAGUCUCACAGCUUCCCUCUUACACUAGAAUCUGAAUCUCAGGAGCCAGCUGUCCUCCCUCCAGCUGGUUUAUCGGAAGAACAACCCUCUAUUUCAGCCAGCUCUCCCUCACCCAUGGACUCCCCCACAGUCGAGAUGUCCCUUAAACCCAUCAAACAUCGUAGCAGGCCCCUUUCUGAUGAAGAAGAACAACGCCCCAAGGUCAAAAAAUGGAAGGGCCUGCGAUGGAAGCGUCUUCAGAUAGUCAUCACCAUUCGCAAGGGAGGAUCUAAGAAAGAGAACAGCCGUGAGGUUUCAGAUCUCAUGGAGCGCCUCCGCAUUACUCUGAAACCAGACAAGCUGCCCAGAGACAAGCGCAAGUGCUGCUUCUGCCACGAGGAAGGAGAUGGCGCCACAGAUGGUCCUGCACGUCUUCUUAACAUCGAUGUAGAUCUGUGGGUGCACCUUAACUGUGCUCUGUGGUCCACUGAAGUGUAUGAAACACAGGGUGGGGCUCUUAUCAACGUGGAGGUUGCCCUUCGUCGAGGACUACGCACCCGCUGUGCCUACUGUCAGAAGACAGGUGCUACUAACAGCUGCAACCGUUUGCGCUGCCCCAAUGUCUAUCAUUUUGCCUGUGCCAUUCGGGCACGCUGCAUGUUUUUCAAGGAUAAAACUAUGCUCUGCACUCAGCACAAGCUUAAAGGUCCCAGUGACGAGGAGCUCAACAGUUUUGCUGUGUUCCGACGUGUCUACAUUGAGCGUGAUGAGGUGAAGCAGAUUGCGAGCAUUCUGCAACGUGGUGACCGCAUUCAUAUGUUCCGUGUUGGCGGGCUCAUAUUCCAUGCUGUGGGUCAGCUCUUGCCCUCUCAGAUGUCUGCCUUUCACUCACCCACUGCUAUCUUCCCUGUGGGCUACGAGGCCACACGAAUUUACUGGAGCACACGUGUGCCAAACCGAAGAUGUCGCUACCGUUGUCGCAUCAGUGAGCAGGAAGGCAGGCCCCUGUUUGAACUGCGUGUACUAGAGCAUGGAUAUGAAGACCUGCACUUCCGAGACGCUACUCCAGAUGGCAUCUGGUGCAAGAUUGUGCAGCAGGUUGCCAAGCUGCGUGAUGAAGCGGCCAUGCUGAAGCUCUUCACUGAGCAUGUCAAGGGAGAAGAGAUGUAUGGACUCACUGUUCAUGCAGUGAUGCGAAUCACUGAAUCGCUUCCUGGUGUGGAAAUCUGUCAAAAUUACACAUUCAGAUAUGGUCGCCAUCCUCUCAUGGAACUUCCUCUCAUGAUCAAUCCUACUGGCUGUGCACGAUCAGAACCGAAAAUACUGACUCACUGCAAACGGCCUCAUACUCUUAACAGCACGAGUGUAUCCAAAGCCUAUCAGAGCACAUUUACAGGGGAGAUCAACACCCCCUAUAGCAAGCAGUUUGUUCAUUCUAAAUCCUCUCAAUACCGCCGACUAAAGACCGAGUGGAAGAACAACGUGUACCUUGCCCGCUCUCGCAUUCAAGGACUAGGUCUGUAUGCUGCUAAAGACCUUGAAAAACACACAAUGGUCAUUGAGUACAUUGGUACUAUCAUUCGCAACGAAGUGGCAAAUCGCAGAGAGAAGAUUUAUGAGGAGCAGGUUUGUAUGCGUCAAGCAAUGUCAUACUUGCACCAUAUACCAGAUGUGCUUUUAUUUUUUUCUCUUUUCUCUUUUGUUGUUUUUUACAACCAGAACCGUGGAAUCUACAUGUUCCGCACCAAUAAUGAGCAUGUGAUUGAUGCCACCCUAACUGGCGGUCCUGCCCGUUAUGUCAAUCAUUCCUGUGCACCCAAUUGUGUCGCGGAAGUUGUGACGUUUGACAAAGAGGACAAGAUUAUCAUCAUUUCCAGCCGCAGGAUCCCAAAGGGUGAAGAGCUGACGUAUGACUAUCAGUUUGACUUCGAGGACGAUCAGCACAAGAUCCCCUGCCAUUGUGGAGCUUGGAAUUGCAGAAAGUGGAUGAACUAACAGGGACAGAGAAAGAGUCAGACCCAUCUUUGCUCCCUUGUGCCAGAACACUCCUGCGCCAAAGCCUGUUAUAUUCUUACUGUCCAGAUAAUAAGCUGUUCUGAAAUGAGGAAGACAAGUUCACUCACACUCACCUGAAAGACAAGACUUUGUUAUUAACAAGAGCCAAAGCUUUGAAGAGUAAACUUUUGUGGCCACAACCUUUACAGAUGAGCUCAAAGGUAUUGGACCUGCUUAAAUCUUUCUUGUUGAUAAAAUUCACCUCUGCCAAAAGCACCUCUACUUCCUCCACUGUUUGCUCCUACAAUAAGCUGACUCUGGCUGCAAUCAAUCCUUUCUACAUCUACCAAAAUAUCUGAAACUAUAGCAUAUCAAUACACUUAGACUAGAACUCAGUGAAGAUAUUUGAUUAAAGCCAUGUAAGUACUCAAAAAUGAACUAAUACACUUUAGCUUGGACCUAUCCUUUCUGCUACCAUCCCGUCGCCCCAGAAAAAUGCUCUCCCAUCAAAUCAUCAAUGAAGAUAGACAUCGUGGACAUUGGCAAGACAAUCCUGGAGUGGCUCUGCUUAGAACUUUGUAUCUAUGAUUGAUGAGAUAUGAUAACUUUGAAAUACUAUUGACCUGUGGCUCAAAGGCACCAGAUGUUUUAUUAUAUUGAGUUAAAAGGUGGAUUUAUUUCACCCAGUCUACCUCAUUGAGUUUGUGGGAAGUCACUGCUUUGUAAUAAACUGUCAAGUGCUACUGUGGAACGGGAAAGGCAGGAAUGUGUCCAUGGCAAUUGCCUUCUCAGAUAGCAGGGAAACAUAAGCAGCAGGUUUGCUCCUAUCUAUAUUUUGCUUUCUGAUGAUUUUUAACGAUUACAAUAGUGAGCCAAUGCAACUUAUUUGAUUAUACAAAGGAAAUAACAGUAUAUAAAAGUUCCAAUAUCAUGAUGCAUUACUUAGAGCAAUCAAAACUCAAACGGGUGUCUCCGAGGCCACCUUAUCAGACUGUAGGUACAAUGUAGCUGUUUCUUUGCCUCAGUGCAUUUGCAGAUCAUGCUUUUAGUGUGUAAACGCUCAUCCAGAUCCUCUCUUACAUUCUUAAUGAUGACAAGGGCCACAGCAUAAACUUUGAGAUGAUGCAGAUUUAUGUGGGUGCAAUUUGAAAGUUUAUCGUAAAAAUUUCACUAGGCGAAUAAAAGGUAACUAGUGAUGCAAGACUGCCACUGCAUUUGACAUGUUUUCCCAUCUUGAAUCCUUACAUCCUGUGUUCAUUAGAUCUACGUUUGGAUCUCAUCACUCCAACCCAGGACCCUUAGGUGUAAGCCUCUUCCCUUCUGUGAUAGUGGACUGUUGUAAAAUUACUGUAGUAAGUCUUUCUCUGCCUGCCGACAGCCAGUGUAUCUAAUCUAUGUAUUGUGGUUUGAUAGUGGUAGCACAGUCCACAGGCUUGAAGCAGUGCCAGAGGAAGACUUAAAAAAAGGGCAUUUCUAGUUUCUUUUAUAUUAAAGUAAUUUAAAACGGUUAAAUUUUAAAGAAGGGAGUUGAACAAAGUCUCCAACAUAACCCGAGCUACUUUGUUCCUUGCUCCCCUGACUUAUAACCUCACAUUAAAAGAAAAUGCAAAAUGUAUAAAUUGUACAUAAUAGGGGACUAAACUCUUUAUUCAGCCCCUUUUUAAACAAAUUCAAAAUUGUAGAGAAAUAAAUUUCCUGAAAAAAGCAACCACUGGAUAUCAUUUUAUCAGACAAAACCUAAAUGUGUAUAUAUAUAUAUAUAUAUAUAAAUAUAUGUAAAUGGCAAACUAAGUAAUAUCUUUAUGUAUAUGAACCAGAGUGUUUUUGCAUUUUAACUUUUUUUCUAACCGCAUUUUUCCUACAAAACCAUAUACAGUGUAACUAAAAGGAUGUGUGAUGUCUCUUGUCUUUUGAGUGGUUGUGGUGAAUGAGACAAACAUUUAAGAUGGGAUUCAUGUUAGAAAGUUAUCCUGAUAAUAUUUCUUCUUCAUAGAAAUAGAUACUUUUUGAAAGAAAAGCAGUAAAAUGGUGCAUAGCAUUUGUGUAUUUAUGUAAUAUUGUUCACAUAUAUUUCUUUUAUUUAUGCUACUGCUUGUGAAUUACUGAACCCAGUCCUUGAAUCAGUGACAAUUUAACAAGUAUAGAGUAAAUGGAAAAUCUUGAAGCUCCCAAGAUGAUACUGGUUUUGAUUAGUGUCUUCUUUUCUUUUCUUUCCUCCCUGUAGAAGUGAAUGUUUUAUAUGACUUGUGUAAAGGCCUCAUAGCCGGAGUGUGGUAUGACUUAAAUAAUCAGAAAUAUCUCCAUUAUAACAUGUGAAUUGCACUCAAAAUUAUUUUUAUUUAUACACAAGAGGUUUCAGAGCUAGUAUUGGAUAUAGUUAACUCUUCUGCUUUCUUUUAAGGGUAGUCUGUUAUUUAACAAAGUUGUUUACUGGAUUUUAGCCUGAGUAACACUUGCCCCUUUUGUUAUUUUGAAAUAAUUUAAGAUCUCUCUGCAAAAGUUGUAAUUAAAGAAUAGAUCCUGAUUUUGCUUUUGAACCUGACAUACUUUUUUUUUUUUUCUUCUUUUUUUUUUUUUAAGAUGCUGUAACUGUACAGCAGAGCUACUUUUAGGGAAGAUGAAUAAAUGAUCAUUUUUUUUAUUGUA